AUGAUUUGCGUGGAAUGCUCGGAGCCAAUUGAGGCUUUGUAUUAUAAAUACAAGGGCGACCACAUAAAACUCACAGUGUGUGAUGUUUGCCACAAGGUGGCAGACAAGUAUGUGGAGUAUGACAACGUGCUACUAUUUAUCGACCUGAUGUUACUGAAACAACAAGCAUAUCGUCAUUUAAUAUACAACCAUUUGGUCAACCAGACAAAUCAAUGCACUUUUGUUAACAAUCCGGAAUCUACUGCCAAAGUUUCGUUUAUACGAAAAUACGACAAAACUCUGCGGUUGUUGGUGCUGGUGUUGCUGUUUGAGGUGUAUCUGACCUGGGCCUAUGAGGAGAAGAACUAUAUAGAGUCACAUUCCAGAAGGCCUACGGCCACCACGAGGGUGAUACUGGAACACACAAAUGUGCUUUCGCAAUACGCAUUUUUCUUGUGCAAGGCGAUUAUAGAAUUUUUUCUGGUUGACAUCACGGUGCAGGUUUUGCUCUACUUUUGGCUGAACUUUGGGAGUGCUGAGACCAUCACUUUCAAGAAGAUCCAGCCGCACGUUUUGUCCAGCACGUUGAGGAGAGCUUCCGUAUCUCCUGAGCUUUCAGAUUACAGUGACGAUUCAUCCUCCGUGUCUGUAGUCACCACGGUGCAACAAUUUCAUUAUUCGAGAUCGUUUUUCGUGGUGAUCAUCUCCACGACGAUCCUGGUGUCGAAUCUGAUAAAGCUGUUUCCCAUAGUGAUGUUGAUCUGGCCUUACGAUAUCUCAAUUUUGAACCUCACAAAGACGCUCGUUCAGUUCAUUCACACCAUAAUCCUCAUAGAAACGAUCCAUAUCGUCCUGCUCAACAACCCCAAGAACGACUACUGGCGAGUCACAAUCUGCGUGCUCUGCGGCAAUAUCAUCAAGACCUCGAUCAGCCAGCUGAUCUUGGUUUCCAUCGUGAGCAAAAUGUUCGGACUGCCAUGGCUUGAGUUGGCAAAGGAUGAGUACCUUGCAAUACAGCAGAAAGCACUGGUAUUUGAGGAACUACUGAAGUAG